CCUUGGAAAGUUAGUGGUUGGUAAACCAGUUACAGGAACAUUAGUAUAUAAGGCGAACAUUACCACACUGAAGUCACAGUAGGAUUCAAACCUCACACAAUGAUCAGAAAGGGAGUUACUGAGAGUUUCGGGGCAGCAGUCUCCUGUCUGAGCACAUCUCAUCUGACAGAUGAAGUGAUUAGGAGGAGCACGGGAAUGAUACUGGACACGCUGGGAGUGGGAUUGCUUGGAACCAGCACCCCAGUCUUUAACACGGUACUUCAGUGCAGCCAAAAGCAGCAAGCUUUGGAAAACAGCAAAGUCUGGGGAAGACCAGGACUAUCUCUUCCACCUCAGUAUGCUGCCUUUGUUAAUGGGGUUGCGGUGCACUCUAUGGACUUUGAUGACACCUGGCAUCCAGCCACUCACCCCUCUGGUGCUGUUUUGCCAGCUGUCCUGGCACUGGCUGAGACGUUGCCUGUUAAACCCUCCGGCCUGGAGCUGUUGCUGGCUUUCAAUGUAGGCAUAGAGGCUCAGGGGAGACUCCUGAGGUUUUCUAAAGAGGCACACAACAUUCCCAAAAGAUUUCACCCGCCUGCAGUUGUUGGGGUUAUGGGCAGUGCGGCAGCUACGGCUAAACUUUUGGGUCUCCCAGCGGCCCAGAGCAUAGCAGCUCUAGCGAUAGCCUGCUCGUCUGCUGGAGCACCCAUGGCAAAUGCUGCAACUCAAACCAAACCUCUCCACAUGGGCAAUGCUGCCCGAGGGGGUCUGGAGGCCUCCCAACUCGCUGUCCUCAGCCUUGAGGGUAACACACAGAUUCUGGAUCUGGAAUCAGGCUUCGGGGCCUUCUAUCCAGAUUAUGUCCCUCACCCAUUGGCUGAGGUCACCCCGACUUCUCAGUACAGGUGGGUGUUAGAAGACCAGAACAUUGCACAGAAGCGCUUUCCCGCCCAUCUCGGGAUGCACUGGGUGGCAGAUGCAGCAAUAGAAGCAAGGGUGAAAUUUCUGGACAAAUUCCCAAAUGCAGACCUCAGUCAAAUCAAGAAGAUCACUCUGAGAGUGCCUACAUCCAGAUAUGUAGACUGCCCUCUUCCAGUUAGCGAGCACCAGGCCAGACACUCUUUCCAGUUCAACUGCUGUACCGCACUGCUUGAUGGAGAGGUCACUGUCGAGUCCUUCAGCAAAAGCCAGAUGAACAGGAGUGCCCUAAAGGAGAUGCUUUUGAAAGUGCAAUUGGAAAAUCCCCAAGACAAUCAUUCGAGCUUUGAAAAGAUGUAUUGUGAAAUUGCAGUGGAGACAGUCCAGGGGGAAUUGUUUACUGCGCGCUGCAACACUUUUUACGGUCACUGGAGGAAACCUCUUAGUCAUGAGGAUCUGGUGAGGAAGUUCAGGGCUAAUGCUUCGACUGUGCUGAGCGCUGAUGUCGUGGAGGGUAUUAUUUACACUGUAGAGCAUCUGGACACAAACCAAGACUGUUCAAUGCUUUGGUCAUACAUGCACUUUAAUAAGCACAUGAUGCAUAGAGAUGAGCGGCGCUCCUCAGCUUUGGCCUGAAUUAUUGUGCAUUGUGGCAUCAUUUAGGCUAAUAGAAAGUAUGUUGAUGAACCAUAUGUAAUAUUUAAAAAUGUCACUAUUUUGUUCCUCGUAUUCUCAUUUUGGUGAAAAUGUACCACAGAAGAGUUUUGAACUGCUUCCUAGCAAACUUCUGAUGGUGAAUAUGAUACAUGUGUAAAUGCUGAUGAGGUAAAAGCAUGAGGACUACUGUGGCUUAAAUCUGGCAUUUUG